CACACCCCGUAAUCUGCCGGCUGCACAACGAGGCGUGCGUUUUUUUCUCUCUCCCUCUCUCCCUUCUCAUGGCGGGCUAUGACAGGUGGCAGGUCAGCGUAAGCAUGUCAUCCGGAGAUGAGAGCGACCAUUCUUCUCACUUGGCUGCGGGCGUCGACACGGGCAGACUGUUCGCGGGACAGCAGGCGAAGAAAGUGAAGCGGACGCGACAACGAGUUGACGCCGGGGAGCCGCGCAACAGCUACGCGACGAUCACCAGCUACUCGCCGCUGCGGCCGACGAACGGCUACAGCCUCGCCUCACCGCCUCUCAGGCCGGACUGUCUCAGCCCGGCUGUUCGCUCCAUCAACGACCUCAUCCGUGAGAGCAUCGCGGCCAAGACGGCCGAGCUUGAUCAGCUGGACGGGAAGGGUGGGAAUGUACUUGUAACGGGCGGCGUCGGCGGUGUGAAUCGUUCCGAACACUUACCGUCCGUCGACGGGUCGACACUGCUGCGCGAGAUACUGCAGAACAAGGAGCGGCAGGGACACCACCACCGCCUGCUGAACAAGACGAGUCCACCUCCCGGUACGAUCAUCAGCCAUCUCCUGCAGGAGCAAGCACUCAAGCAGAAUGGGUCAUGCGAGACCCAGCGUGCUAUGAGCGAGUCGUCAUCCGAGGACAGUGAAUCAGAGACACUGGACGACGGCCAAGCAAUGCAGGGCCAGACCAGCUUGAGUGCCUGCGAGUCAACAACAACAUCCCCCACGACGGCCACUGCCAACCCACGCCCAGCAUCCGCUAGCAACGUCACGAGUGGGAACAACAACAGCACCACCAGCAGCAGCAACAACAACAGCGGCAGCAACAACAACAACAACAGUAACAGCAACAACAACAAUAACAGUAACAUAAACAACGGAUACGAGGAGGACUCCGUACAGGCAAAGAGAGCCAGAGUCGACGCGAUAGUGACGAGCAUGCGCAUGUCUCCUGCAAGAUCCGGUGACAUGCAGAGCAACCGACUGUCGCCAGUCAUCCGCAAGCCAAAGCGCAAGCAGUACGUGCCGCAACAGCAACCCUUCAAGCUGGAAGGUGGCGCUGCGGGGGGCGGCGCUACGGGCGAGGCUGAGAUGCUUCGCUCACAGCUUCAGCAACUACAGAACCAGCUGUCUCACAUGAAGCAGUGCUACACGGCUCUUUUCGAGGAGGAGCAGGUCGAGGCGGCCACCGACGCCAACGAGAACACUGACAACAUGCGCAGACCUGCCGCCCCACCAAGACUGGCCAGCACUCCAAAGGGGAACGGUGAGGCGCGGCCGGCCGGAGACCCCGCCCGCCCGCCGGACGGACUUGACCCCUCGCACUUCAUCGACCAGGCGCGGCGUCUGGUCAGCGAGCAAGAGAUGGCCGCGAAGAACUUCCACGAGAAGGUGCACUACACCGACGCCGAGAUCGAGACGCUCGCUCACGCGCUCAAGGCCGAGCUCGUCACGUCCGUGUCGCUCAUCAUCGACUCGAUCGUCGCGCGCUUCGUGCUGCACGUGCGCUCGCGCCGCGCCGCGCUCUCGGACGACCGCCUCUGCCCGCCGACCGGUCCGGUUGGCCACAGCCCCAGCGCACGCAGCAAGAUGGCGCCGACGAAGAUCUCCGACAAGGGCAAGAUGGAGCCGAAGUACCCAUUGCCGCAGCAGAUGUGCGUGCCGCCGGUGCAGUACGAGGCGAUGAUGCAUCCGCCGCUGCCGAACGGUCACCCGUUCUUCGCGAUGCAGGCGCCGUACGGUCUCUACAACCACUGUGGCGUGCCGACGCCGCCACCGCCACCGAUGUACAAGCCGACGAUGCAGGAGCACAUGGAGCAGCUGGAGGCGAUGUCGCUCGUCAUGCCGACGAAGAAGAAGCGCCACAAGGUGACGGACACGCGACUGUCGCCACGCACGAGCACGCGCAUCAACAUUGACGACGCGCCGGCGAAGCGCGUUGGCGACAGCCCCUACCAGAUGGCGCCGAUGAGCCUGCUGACAAGUGUCGCGAUUCCAAACCCGAGUCUUGGCGAGGUCCGCGGCGGCGACGACGAUGCGGUCUUCGACCGGCGCAUGACACCGAUGACGGGUUCCCCGAUGCAGGAGUCGCCACGAGUCAACUCGCCUGACGGCUACUCGUACAACAUGAAGAAUGAAAGCAUGGGUGGCUAUGACGGGCCCUCCGAGGGAUCCGGCUCAGGAGAAUUCCCCACCUACGAUCACCAGGGCAUGCCUCAAUCAGUAACACUGACACCGAUGCAUCUACGCAAGGCAAAGCUGAUGUUCUUCUAUGUGCGCUACCCAAGCAGUGCCAUCCUGAAAAUGUUUUUCCCGGACAUCCAGUUCAACCGUAGCAACACGGCACAGCUGGUGAAAUGGUUCAGCAAUUUCAGGGAGUUCUUCUACAUUCAGAUGGAGAAGUAUGCUCGGCAGUCGAUCAGCGAAGGUGUCAAGACUAUCGAGGAGCUUACGGCCGUGACCAGAGACUCGGAGUUGUUCCGUGUCCUCAACCUGCAUUACAACCGCAACAAUCACAUAGAGGUAGUGCCUGAUAGCUUCAGAAAGGCCACCGAGCUAACGAUGCGGGAAUUCUUCAGGUCGGUAAUCUCAGGCAAGGAUACGGAGCAAUCGUGGAAGAAGCAGAUCUAUAAGGUUAUCGCUCGCAUGGACGACAACAUUCCGGAGUACUUUAUGUCCCCGAACUUUCUCGAACAGCUGGAGUAAUGAUGGAAAUUUCUCGGUUGUUCUCUGCAAUUUGGUUAAUGAAGCCAUAUCAAGUUCUCAUUUCCCGGCUGCAAGUCAACACCUGUUCCAGGAAAUUCCCGACUUUGGGCGGAGUUUGUGACGGUGUGCGUACGUGCGCGCGUGUGCGCGUGUGUGUGGAAGGGUGGGGGGUGGGGGUGGAUACACGUGAGUUCCUACCGUAGAAAAGCUAGCUGGAGAUGACGGCUAAAAAUCGGCGUGCCGACAAUGCCCGCGUACAACAGAUGGUGAUGUUUAGAUGCGGCUUGCCCCACUCUGCUUGCAUGGCUGAGUCGGUCCGGUGCGUGACUACAGGGAUGUGCCCUGCAGCGGUGUCGCCGAGGCCUCGCUCUCCUCUCACCGGUGCAGGUGUUGGCUGCUAUAACGACCAGCGUGCAUCUUCCCCGCACGGCAGGUGCAGAACGCUGCUGAAGGUGCUUAGCGCGUUCAUCGUUGGCGUGCCCCCGCCUUUUGUUCUCAACGUGACGGUGGUACGUCUCGCCCCACAAACAACUGGAAAAAAAUGGCCGCCGAAUGUAAAUUGCAACGUCAGUGCUUUCGUUGAAAUAUGUGUGUAUACAGAUCGAUUGUCUUUGCUGGUCGGCGUAACAAUGUUUCCACACACGAUCGUACUGUUAUAUGUAGCCGUAAAUAUGCGUAAUACCAAAGUAUAUCUGAUGGCCUGAGUGCUUUAGACAACCACUGAUAACUGGUUGAUCGAAUUCAUCACACUUAUGGUCAUUCUGCUGGAAUGAAAUGAUGGGAAUUUAGGGGCAUAUACGAUUCCAGAAGCAGCGACACAAGAUGUGUCUUAUUUACACGUUCAUUAUUGUAACCUAUGUAGCCGUUUAUAUUUUGUGACUGAAAUCUUCAGAAAGUCUUAAGUGAAAACAUUAUUUGUGUAAAAAGGAAAUAAGCAUUCACUAAUUGUACACGUGUUUGUUAAGUAUUCUUAACUAUUUUUUCUGAUGUUACGACUUGACUUGUUUAAUGUGUGUGCGUUUGCUGGCCGCAAACGUGUGUGUGUUGCUGUCAUGAGACGGUUCCAUUCUCGCAUAUCAAGGCAAUGAUGCUAGUAUUUUUCCCCAGAUCAGUUCAGGCCUUUAUUAAUGGCCAGAGGGCCGACUGUUAUAGCUACGCGUGGUUCAUUGCGUGACAGCGUCGCACAUAGGUUUGAUAAGGGCUGGCCAUAUACAAGUAAUAUUGUCUUGCUCUGUGUAAUGUAUAGUUAGUAUUACGCAAAUAUAUAAUAUAUAUAUAUUUGUAUGCGUGUGCGUGCGUGCGUGAGUGAGUGUGUGUGUGUGUGUG